AUGCCCGUUCUUCGCCGCGCUCUCACCUUUGGGAUUCCCUCUGAGGAGUUUGCUACGCAGUGGAGGAAUCCCUCAGACGUCUUUUCUAUUCUUCUCAUACUCGGUGGUGAUGUAGUUGCUCGCGCCCUUGCACAGCUUGCAGGCUCUGGUGUUACACCGGUAGCUUUCUCAUUUGGGUGGGUAGCUUACGCUGUCAUGGCUGUCGUAUCUGCCGUCGGCGAGAACAAGCUCAUGCCAUUGCCGGACUGUGCGUGCAAAGUCAUCAAUGGCAGGACAGGCUACGUACGAGACAACUGCAGCUGGGUCAUUGGCCGCAUCGUGCGGGACUAUGAGAGCUGGAUGGAUGAUGGCAAUAGCAAUGGCCAAAUCCACGCAUGUGUUCGUAGAGUUAUCGAGGAAAAAUGGGCGGCCCUGCGUGUCAAUGGGGCCACUGUUGAGAGACCCACACAGGCGGGUCUUUGUGUAUCUGUGUAUAACGCGGUGCAGACCCAGCCCGGUCGUCUACGAGCUGAUGCCUACCUCCUUGGCUUGACCACGAUUGUGGUACAGCUCGUCGUAGCUGCGACCCCGUGUUUCCUGUUCGGAGACUGGGCUAUCCUGCUGGUCACGGUAGCUGGCACCGUCCUAGCUCUGCUCAGCGGCAGCCUUUCGCAGUGGGCGAAGGAGAAGUGGGCUUGCCGGAGAAACUGUAGCAAGACUGUUGUCUUGACAAGGGGUAACGGUAGUCAGCACGCUGUUGUCAUUGUCGGUUGCGGAAGAGGCUUUGAUCUUGAGGAUCUGGCCAUUGGGCCGUUGAACGUCAAUGUUUCGACCUCGUAUGCUACUAGGAUUACAAUCGCCGGGCUCGCUAUAUGCUGGAUUCUCUUGCUCAUCACCGCAGCAGGUAUCCAGGAAAAUACCUGGUUUCUUGUCGCUGUUGGAGGCAUUGGGAUCGUCCAGAAUGUGUUUGUUGCCGGCUGGAGGCGCCGACCGGAGGACUUUGGCAUCUUCUUGGAAUUCAAAACCGUUAUCGGCGAUCCCAAAGUCAUGGACUGCCUGCUGAGAGUCGAGGAAGAACUGCCAUAUGUUGGACACAGCAUGCGUGAAACUUUCUUCCCUGGCGUUCUGAGAGGUGACGAGAAGGCCAAAUGGGAUGUCCUAGAAGCUGAUGUUGCAAAUCGGGCGAAAGCCGUAGCCGGGAGGGUAUGA